AUGCAGAUUAGCUUCGAUGUCUCGGAGGCGGAACUCGCUUCACUGAAGACGACUCAAGUUCAGCUUGCAAGCGCUGUUCAAUUCAUCGGUGUCCAGUAUAGCAAGGUGCAUGAUAAUGGUGCACGUGCACAUGGUGGGACCCGGGUCAUGUUAGGAGGGUCCUCUGAGUUUGUGUCAAUGUACAGCCAAAAGGGUUCAAGUGGAGUUAAUCAAGAUGCAUUCACUGUUUGGAAGGACUUCACCGAGCAAAAGGACAUGAUCUUUUGUGGCGUGUUUGAUGGUCAUGGUCCUCUGGGACAUAAGUUUUCACAGUGUGUACGUGACAAACUACCCUUAAUACUCUCUUCAUCAAUCAAACAGUCACAAGAAAAAGUCAUCAAACACAUUGAUACUGAUGUAGAUGGAAGCCGUCAUAGUGAAGCCGUCUAUGUUGAGGAUAACCAAAACAUGUCCUUUUCGACAUGGGAGGGAAGCUUUAUGAGGUGUUUUAGUGAAAUGGAUGAAAUCCUUGCUAAGGAGGUAGAUACUAAAGGAUUUGAUGGCGGUAGCACUGCAGUAACUGUUAUCAAACAGGGUGACAAAUUAAUAAUUGGCAAUUUGGGGGAUUCUCGUGCAGUUCUUUGUAGAAGAGCACAUGACAACCAUCUUAUUCCUGUUCAACUUACUGUUGACUUGACCCCAGAUAUUCCAAGUGAAGCUUUAAGAAUCAUUAAUUGUGGAGGUAGAAUUUUUUCUGCAAAAGAAGAUCCAGGUGUAAAUAGAAUAUGGAGGCCAAAUGGGUGCCGCCCUGGACUGGCUAUGGCAAGAGCCUUCGGGAAUUUUUGCCUAAAAGACUGUGGCCUCUCCUCAGUCCCUGAUCUUUCAUACAGAAAACUUACAAAGCAGGAUGAGUUCGUGGUUUUGGCUUCUGAUGGGGUAUGGCAUGUGCUUACAAACAGUGAAGUAAUGAACAUAGUUGUUUCCGCACCAAAAAAGUCCAUGGCAGCCAAAUUGUUAGUAAAGCGUGCAGUUAAGGCUUGGAGGUGUAAGUAUGGUUUCAAGGUUGAUGAUUGUACAGCUAUAUGCUUGUUCCUCAGGGAUUAG